GAGUAAUGCAAGAAAAUCAAGGAAAUUAUGGCUUUAAAUUUAUGAUUCUCCACUGGCACUUUCUGUUUUGGUAAAGAUCCAAUUUAUCCAGGUUUUCUCUGCUAUAAAACUCUCCAAAAGUUUACUUUUGGAGUAACACACGUUUGCUGUCUUUUGCUAGGUCUUUUAACAAUGGUGGACCUGAAGUCCUUCAACACGGGCUUAAAUUCCAACUCUCUGCCUAACUCAGCCCAACUCUGUCCUAACCAGCAGGACAAAAUGACUCCAAGUAUAAGUCUUUUUUUGAGUAGUGUAUGGGAGAUGUCCAUAAAACCUACCCCAAAAUUCUUUUUGAAGAGGAAUUUAUCAGAUGUGGUAUAAGAACUGAGAAGACAGUGGUUUGAAACCAGGUGAAAUGGUUUUGACCCUGAGUCUUAGAUCUGGGACAGAAACAAAACCCUUGAACUAAAUUAAGAACCCCAAACAACAGUUAAGGAAUUGAGGAAAUCUAUGUCCUGCAUUUGAAAGGGACAGUCUGAGCUGCUCAGCUGACCAAUAAUGAGCCAUGCACAUGAGAGCUGACUCAACUUACGCCUAUGUCCCCCUGUGAGGAGGAAUACCUAAACAUCCACUGGCACUCCUGCAGCAGAGAUGUGGCUUGACAACUGUUCUUGUAUAAGAGACCUAGAUAUUAAUUUGAUGACAAGAUAUACCAGAGGUGACAGGGUGCAAUGUAGCUAUCCAAAAGGUUCACAAAAUCUAGUCAGAGGCUGGUGAACAUCAUGGCUUUGCCAGGUCAGGGCCCUUUCAAGUCCUGAGAGGCCGAAGAAUUCCUGAAGAAAUCCCCAGAGCAGUCAGCAUUCUGCUGCUCCAUAAGAGUCCAUCAAGGUAACCCAAUCCUGACCUGCAUCCUUGCUCCUUUUGCUUCAUUUAGCCACGCACUCAGUUUUCCUUGAUGAUCCAGAUAUAUCCCCUCGAUGCCUCACCUUUGUUGUUUUGGAAUCCUUCUCCCUUUCCACCUUCUGCCUUUAAACAGUUCCCAAGAGUAUCUGUAACUUGGGAAAUCCCAUGCAGUUCCUCCAUUGCCCUCCCCCACUGCACCAUCCUAUAGCCUCUACUCCCAGGAGCAUCUGGUCUACUAUUCCUAAUCCCGAGGAGAGAGGGUAGGAUGUUCCCAUCAAGUGAAGGUCUAACUUUGCCAGAUCCUCCUGUCCUUUCUCAGAUCCCUCCCUCCCCCCAGUUGCCAGCACCCUGAGAUCACGGAACCCCAGCUGUAGAGGAGAUCUCAAGAGAUCAUCUAGCCCACCCCCUUCCUUUUAGAGACAGAAGUGAUGCCCAGAGAAGGGAAGGGAUCAGCGCAAAGUCAGGAAGGAGGGACGAUAUGAAUCCAUGGCUCCUGAUUCUACAGUCAGUGCUCUUCCCAAACCCUGCUGGCUCCUUCCUUUCAUCAUUCAUUAUUGACUCAGAUUCCCUCAAAAGGCAGAAAGUUUGUCCCUUCCCACAGUCCCCUUUGUAGAAGGCAGCAAGGUUUCCUAGAACUUGGAUUGGGAGUCCUUGGACUUGGGCUGAAAUCCCAACUCUCUGCCGAGAGAGAAGGGAGAAAAAAGGACGGGGUGGGGGAGAAGGGAGUAGUGGUGGUUCAUCCUUUGUUACUGGAAAUAUAUGAGAGCAGGUGAAGAGGAAAGGUAACAGGGGGAAAGGGAGAGAGGAAAAGGAGUAGGAGUGGGGGAGGAGUGGGGCAAAGGACAGUGGGGGAAAAACUGAAUUCUUCAAAAGAGCCGGGAGCAGAGGUGGAGGCCGGAGCUUUCCAGGACUUGCCAGUGGCGGUACUUGUGUGGGAGCGCCCUACUCCGCCCCCAAAGUUGUCUUGGGAGCAACAACUCUGGCAGGAUCAGUCUCGCCCUCCCAGAACCGUCUCCCUCCCUGCACCUCUCUGCAGGUGGAAGCAGCCCCUGCAUACAAGGCCGCGGGGCCUGAGCGGACAGCUCCGGCAAUCUCAAAGGCCUUCGGCAGGGCUGAGGAUCCUGCAGCAGCUGCCUCCCGGGCCCGCACUCUGGAGGCUUCCGGCCGGGAGCUGUCCCUGCUGACGUGGGCCAGGGCCGCGCCGUGCAAGGAGCCAAGCCCCGGGCUGCAGCAUGGGCGCGCUCAGCCUCCCCGGGAUCUCUGCCGUCGUCCUCUCGGUCUUCGGCUUGGUCUUCAUCUGCAGCGGCCUGGUCGUCAACUGCCUCCAGCUGGCCUCCCUCGUUUUCUGGCCUCUCAGUAGGAAGUUCUACCGCAAGGUCAACAGUCUCCUCGGCUACUCCCUCCAUUGCCAUCUAGUCACGCUGCUGGCGUGGUGGUCGGGCUCCGAAUGCACCUUAUUCACGAAGCGGGAUUCACUGGGCAAGAUAGGGAAGGAGACCGCCAUCGUCAUCUUUAAUCACACCUUCGAGAUCGACCUUUUCUGUCUCUGGAUCUUAUAUGAUCGCUAUGGGAUCCUGGGGACUUUCAAGGUAAUGGCCAAAAAAGAGCUCCUCUGGGUGCCUGUGAUUGGCUGGACCACGUACUUUAUGGAAAGCGUGUUCUGCGAGAGGAAAUGGGAGCAGGACCAGGUGGGACUCGUUAAAAGCCUGAGCCGUUUGGCCGACUUCCCGGAGCCCUUUGGCUUUGCGGUGUUCUGCGAAGGGACUCGCUUCACGCAGGAAAAGCAUCGCGUCAGUAUGGAGGUGGCCCGAGCCAAGGGGCUGCCCCGGCUCAAGUACCACCUGCUGCCCAGGACCAAGGGCUUUGCCGUCGCCGUCCGCUGCCUGCGCGGGCGAGCUUCCGCGGUCUAUGACGUCACGCUCAAUUUCCGAGGCCGUCGCUACCCAACUUUGCUGGGGCUUAUUAGAAGGGAGAAGUACGAAGCGGACAUGUGCUUUAGGAGAAUUCCUUUGGAGGAGAUCCCGCUGGAGGAGCAGGAAAUCGCCCCGUGGCUCCAUCGGCUGUACCAGGAGAAGGAUGCUCUGCAGGAAUUCUACAACCAGAGGGGGACGUUUCCAGGGGAUCAGGUUAAGCUCGGCAGAAGACCGUGGGCUCCCUUGCAUUUCUCCUUGUGGGCAGUUGUCAUCCUAUUUUCUCUCUUCAAGUUGGCAGUUGGCAUUUUUCUAAGUGGAUCCCCCCUGCUGAUUCUAAUCUUUUGUGGAUUCAUUGGUGGAAGUUUUUGGGGCGUUCACAGACUGGUAGGAGUUUCUAAAAUAGAAAAUGCUUCUGCUUAUGGAAACCAAGAAUUCCAGAAAAGGGAAUAAUUGUUGCAGAUAGAAAAAGGUCCCACCUAUGGAAACCAAGAAUUCCAGAAAAGGGAUUAAUUGUUGCAGAUAAAAAAAGGUCCCACCUAUGGAAACCAAGAAUUCCAGAAAAGGGAUUAAUUGUUGCAGAUAGAAAAAGGUCCCACCUAUGGAAACCAAGAAUUCCAGAAAAGGGAUUAAUUGUUGCAGAUAAAAAAAGGUCCCACCUAUGGAAACCAAGAAUUCCAGAAAAGGGAUUAAUUGUUGCAGAUAGAAAAAGGUCCCACCUAUGGAAACCAAGAAUUCCAGAAAAAGCAAUGAUUAGUUGCUGCAGAUUGAACACAUGUAACCAGGUGAGAGUAUCACAUUCAUUUCAUAGAUUUAGAACUGGAAGGGACCCCAGAAGAAAUAUGCUCCAACUCCUCCCCUCACAUUUUCCAGAUGGGAAGUUGAGCCCCAGAAAAGAAAAGUUACUUGCUCAAAGGGACAUGAACAAGUAUUAGAAGUGGAAUUUACUUUUGUCCCUAAUGCUCAGAGUUUUGGUUUUUUGUUUGUUUGUUUUGUUUUGUUUUUGUUUUUUGCUAAAACAAUUGGGAUUAAGUGAGUUGCCCAGGAGUCACACAGCUAGGAAGUAUUAAGUGUCUGAGACCAGCUUUGAACUCAGGUCGUCCUGACUACAGGGCUGGUGCUCUAUCCACCGCGCCACCUAGCUGUCCCUGAUGCUCACUUUUUAAGGAAAUUAAUGUGAUACUCUCCCCUGAGGGAGUUAUUCGGUCAUUAAGACUGGCAAGUUUUCUUGUCCUAGAGUCCCCCUUAUUGACAUUACACCUGCAAAAAGAAACAAAACCGAGGUCUAUAAACACCACUUGUAGAUCUGACCAAGGCCUUUGAUACUGUCAGUUGUGAGGGUUUAUGGAAAAAAUAUUGCAGAUAAAUUCCAUAGGAAAAGCUUUAGGAUUAAGGAGGAUUAUGAAAGUCUUUUUUUUUUUUCUAGAAGCUUAGAUCUUUUUCUGGGACUUUAAGGAAGCCAGAAAAUUCUAGCCCAGGGGGACAACCAGUGAAAAUACCCAAAGUCCCCAGGGAAGAACCUGUUCAAGGAGGUCAGUGCCUAUAGUUUGAAGAGCAGUGUGAUGUGUCACAAGUGAGUGUGUCAAGGUGUAAGAAGACUAGGAGGGGACUAGAUUUUUGUUUGACUUUGAACAUCGGAGAAUUUAGAAUUGUAUAUUUGAUCCUGGAGAUGAUAGGGAUUCAAUGAAGUUUUUCUGACUAUGCUUAUCCUCAACUAAGGUAUUUGUAGGUACCAUGUAAGGUAAAUAGAACAGGUUUUAUCCUGGAGGCUACUCCAAAAAAUAUUAAUCUCAUUUUCUUUAUUAUAUACCAAUAGUGAGGUUGAUGCGGUAAAGAUUCCUUUCUAGAUUCCCCCCUUCUCCUAGUUAAUAAUGUAAAUUGCCCUUUAACUCACAAAUCCUGGUCCCUUUGAAUUCCAAUAGAAGAUCUGACCUGUUCCCAGCCCCACCCGGAUAUGAGCCAACUUUGGGGCUACACCCGAAAGCCCCUUGAGCUAAGUCUCCUAUUAUAAAAAGGCCACGCUGGGAACCCCUCUUUGCAGAGAUUCCAAACAUGGCUACCAUGUGAGAAUCCUCUGUCCACUGGACACUCUGAACAGUGCCCUCCUUAUUUCUACCUUCGCCUAUACUUUAACUUUGCUUAUCUAAUAAUAAACUUCUUUUAUCAA